CUGUGAUUCAGGAAGAGCAGGUUUUAGGCCUGGAGUAUCAAACGCACUCAAUUGUGAGGAUAAAUAUUUCCCAGACUCCUUCUGAACUUGAAACGCCCACACAAAAUGACAACUAGGAAGCCACUCCUCAGCACACCAUGUUUCUAGGGAAAACGAAACUUAAGUAUCACUUGGCAGGUCUUUCUCUUAGUGUGCUUGUGGUUGUGAGAGAAAGCAAACAAAAUGGCAGAGGCUAUUUUCAAGAAAGAAGAGGACUCCUUCACAUGUCCAGUCUGUCUAGAUCUGCUGAAGGAUCCAGUGACUAUUCCCUGUGGACAUAAUUUCUGCAUGAGGUGCAUUGAGGGCUGCUGGGAUCGGGAAGAUCAAAGAGGAGUCUACAGCUGCCCCCUGUGCAAACACACUUUCACUCCCAGACCUACCCUCUACAAAAAUCCUCUGAUUGCUGAAAUGGUGGAGACAUUUAGGAAGACCAGAAUCCAAGCUUCUCCUAUUACUCCCUGUUGUAAUGCUGGACCUGGAGAUGUGGAGUGUGACGUCUGCACUGGGAGAAAACUCAAAGCUGUGAAGUCCUGUCUGGAUUGUCUGUUGUCUUACUGUGAAACUCACUUCAAAGCUCACAAUGAUCUGAACCCAGGAAGAAAACACCCAGUGAUUGAAGCCACAAGCCAGCUACAGGAGAGGAUCUGUGACCAACAUAAGAAGCCCCUGGAAAUGUUUUGUCGUACUGAUGAGAGAUCUGUGUGCUGUCUGUGUGCGAGGUAUGAACACAAAAACCAUGACCUGGUCUCAGCUGAAGUAGAAAGGACUAAAAAACAGAAGUGCUUGGGGGAGACCCAGAGGAGAUUCCAGCAGAGAAUCCAGGAGAGAGAGAAGGAGCUGCAGGAGCUGAGGAAGGCUGUGGAGACUCUCAAGAGCUCUGCACAGACAGCAGUGGAGGACAGUGAGAAGCUCUUUACUGAGAUGAUCCGCUCCAUUGAGAGAAGGUGCUCUGAGGUGAAAGAGCUGAUCAGAGAUCAGGAGAAGGCUGAGGUGAGUCGGGCUGAAGGACUCCUGAAGCGACUGGAGCAGGAGAUUGCUGAGCUGAAGAGGAGAGACGCUGAGCUGGAGCAGCUUUCACAAACAGAGGAUCACAUUCAUUUCCUUCAGCAUGUUCAGUCAGGGACUCUUUCGCCUCGCUCUAAAGACUUACCCAGCAUGACCUUCAACCAAAGCUUCUCUUUUGAGGCUGUGAGGGAAUCCGUCUCUGCUCUGAAGGUGCAACUGAAGGAGAGACUGGAAGUUCUCCACAGACAGGAAACCAAAAAGAUGUCUGCAGCAGUGACAAAAGUCCAGAUCAUCCAGUCUUUACAAUAUUCUGAUCCUGAGCUCCCAGUCGCAAGGACUUACACCAAAGAGGGGCUUCUCCAAUCCAUAACUAAAUUCCCAACCAAGUUGACAACAGGACCAAAGACAAGAGAGCAACUCUUACCAUACUCAUGCCACUUCACACUGGAUCCAAACACAGCAAACAGAUACCUCCAUCUGUCUGAGAGGAACAGGAGGGUGGAAAAGAAAAAUGAGCUCCAGUCAUAUCCUGAUCAUCCAGAGAGAUUUGAUAGUUGGUGUCAGGUGCUGUGUAGAGAGGGUGUGUCUGGACGCUGCUACUGGGAGGUUGAGUGGAGUGGGACACUUGACAUAACAGUUUCAUAUAAAAGCAUCGGCAGGAAAGGACAGUUUGAAGACAGUAGGUUUGGAUGGAAUCGUAGCUCCUGGAAAUUACACUGUUCUCCAAUCAGAACCGUUUUCAAACACAAUAAUAAAGAGUCUGACCUCCGUCUGGUACGCAGCUCCAGAAUAGGAGUGUAUGUGGAUCACAGGGCAGGAACUCUGGCCUUCUACAGCAUCUCUGACACAAUGACCCUCCUGUGCAGAGUCCAGACCACAUUCACUCACACACUCUACCCUGGGUUUUGGGUUUACGAAGGAUCAUCAGUGAGGCUGUUGUAGCCCUGAGGAGUCUGAAGAUGUGGAGUGCAGAUUAUUGUACCAUUCACACUCACAGACAUGCAGGGGAAACACACAGGUCGACAGAUACACAUUUACACGCAGGACAAGCACACUAAACAUGCGUUUCCUUACGAGGGCAGAUUGGUCCAUACACUUGUGUAUGCAAACAAAGACAUUUCAUUUUCAAAUAUAUAUAUAUAUAUAGCACAUGCCACAGAAACACAGAUGUGUCUUUUAAAAAGCAGACUUUUAAAACCAGUCAAAAAACUCACUUUUAUACUCUGGAUUUAGUUGCAUUUUAGUUCAGUCUAAGGUUGUACAUUUAGUUCAGUCUAAGGUUGUACGUUUAGUUCAGUCUGAGGUUGUAUGUUUAGUUCAGUCUGAGGUUGUAUGUUUAGUUCAGUCUGAGGUUGUACGUUUAGUUCAGUCUGAGGUUGUAUGUUUAGUUCAGUCUGAGGUUGUAUGUUUAGUUCAGUCUGAGGUUGUAUGUUUAGUUCAGUCUGAGGUUGUAUGUUUAGUUCAGUCUAAGGUUGUAUGUUUAGUUCAGUCUGAGGUUGUAUGUUUAGUUCAGUGUGAGGGUCGAAUUCACUUGUAAUUCUGAUUUGUUUUUAUUGUGAGUUAUUUUUUGGCCGAUUUGAAUCCAUUCUCUUCUUAUCCAUUUUCUUUGUAUUCUAGAUUCUGAUAAUCUUAUUUGUCUGACAUGUCUGGAUGUGUUUUUAGUUUUGGCCUUUCUAUUCUUAUGUAUUUUACUAAUUCACAUUUUUGUAAAUUUAUCAUAUCUUCUUUUUAAUAUUACAUUGCUAUUUUGGCUGCUCAGUACAGUAGGCUAUCGAAUAGAAUGACCUUGUUUGAUUGACUUAUCAAUCGCCAAAUUGUGGUAAAUAUGCAAGAUACCUAUUAAUGUUCUGGUUUAUAUCUGAAUGUAGUAAACUAACUUCAUGGAAUAAAAAGUGUUGGGCUUGAUCUGAUUCACUAGCUAAUAAUAACAUUAACUAUGCUGCCCCAGCAGCAAUGAGCAGACGACGUUGAGUCUGUCUUAAUGUUCUGCCAUUAUUGAAAUGACAAUAAAAUGGGCUUUUCAUCUGUA